GCCGCCGACACGAGCGCCCCAGCCGCGGCGGCGCGGACGCGCGCGGGCCCCAUGGCUUCGCUGUACCAGCGCUUCACGGGCAAGAUCAACACCUCGCGCUCCUUCCCCGCGCCCCCCGAGGCCAGCCGCCUGCUGGGGGGGCCCGGGCCCGACGACGACGCGGCCCCCAGGCCCCCGGGAGCGCCGGCGGCGGCGGGGGCGCCCCGGGAGCGCGGCGGCGGCGUUGGCGCGGGGGGCCGGCCGCGGUUCCAGUACCAGGCGCGGAGCGACGCUGACGACGAGGACGAGCUGGUUGGCAGCAACCCCCCGCAGAGGAACUGGAAGGGCAUCGCCAUCGCGCUGCUGGUGAUCCUGGUCAUCUGCUCGCUCAUCGUCACCUCCGUCAUCCUGCUGACGCCAGCGGAAGACAACAGCCUGUCUCAGAAGAAGAAGGUCACAGUGGAGGACCUCUUCAGCGGCGACUUCAAGGUCCACGACCCCGAGGCCCAGUGGAUCAGCGAUAAAGAGUUCAUCUACCGGGAGCAGAAGGGCGAUGUGCUCCUCCACAACGUCGAGACCAACGUCUCCUCCGUGCUCAUCGAGGGCAAGCGGAUCGAGUCGCUGCGAGCCCUCCGCUACGCCAUCUCCCCGGACCGCGAGUACGCGCUCUUCUCCUACAGCGAGGAGCCGAUCUACCGGCACUCCUACACCGGCUACUACGUCCUGAGCAAGAUCCCUCACGGGGACCCCCAGAGCCUGGACCCCCCGGAAGUGAGCAAUGCAAAGCUCCAGUACGCAGGGUGGGGCCCGAAGGGUCAGCAGCUGAUCUUCAUCUUCGAGAACAACAUCUACUACUGCGCCCACGUGGGCAAGCAGGCCAUCCGCGUGGUGUCCACGGGGAAGGAGGGCGUGAUCUUCAACGGCCUCAGCGACUGGCUGUACGAAGAGGAGAUCCUGAAGAGCCACAUCGCCCACUGGUGGUCCCCGGACGGCACGCGGCUCGCCUACGCCACCAUCAACGACUCCCGCGUGCCGCUCAUGGAGCUGCCCAGCUACACGGGCUCCGCGUACCCCACGGCCAAGACCUACCACUACCCCAAGGCUGGCUGCGAGAACCCCAGCAUCUCCCUGCAUGUCAUCGGCCUGAACGGACCCACCCACGACCUGGAGAUGACGCCCCCCGACGACCCCCGCAUGAGGGAGCACUACAUCACCAUGGUGAAGUGGGCCACCAGCACCAAGGUCGCCGUGAACUGGCUGAGCCGCGCGCAGAACGUGUCCAUCCUGACGCUGUGCGACGCCACCACGGGAGUCUGCACCAAGAAACACGAGGACGAGAGCGACGCCUGGCUGCACAGACAGAACGAGGAGCCCGUGUUCUCCAGGGACGGACGCACCUUCUUCUUCGUCCGCGCCAUCCCGCAGGGCGGCCAGGGCAAGUUCUACCACAUCACCGUGUCCUCAUCCCAGCCCAACAGCAGCAACGACAACAUCCAGUCCAUCACCUCCGGGGACUGGGACGUCACCAAGAUCCUGUCCUACGACGAGAAGCGCAACAAGAUCUACUUCCUCAGCACCGAGGACCUCCCGCGGCGCCGGCAGCUCUACAGUGCCAGCACCGUGGGCAGCUUCAACCGGCAGUGCCUGUCCUGUGACCUGGUGGACAACUGCACCUACUUCAGCGCCUCCUUCAGCCACGGCCAUGACUUCUUCCUGCUCAAGUGUGAGGGCCCUGGUGUCCCCAUGGUGACCGUGCACAGCACCGUGGAUAACAGAAAGCUGUUCGACCUGGAGACCAACGAGCACGUGCAGAGGGCGGUCAGCGAGCGGCAGAUGCCCAGAGUGGACUACGGGAGGAUCGAGGUGGCCGACUACAGCCUGCCCCUGCAGAUCAUCAAGCCGGCCACCUUCAGCGACACGAACCACUACCCCCUGCUCCUGGUGGUGGACGGCACCCCCGGGAGCCAGAGCGUGGCCGAGAAGUUCGAGGUGACAUGGGAGACGGUGCUGGUGAGCAGCCACGGGGCCGUGGUGGUCAAGUGUGACGGCCGGGGCAGCGGCUUCCAGGGGACGAAGCUCCUGCACGAAGUGAGGCGCAGGCUGGGCUUCCUGGAGGAGAGGGACCAGAUGGAGGCCGUGCGGACCAUGCUGCGGGAGCCGUACAUCGACCAGACGCGGGUGGGCGUGUUUGGGAAGGACUAUGGGGGGUACCUGAGCACCUACAUCCUCCCGGCGAGGGGCGAGAACCAGGACCAGGUGUUCGCCUGUGGCGCCGCCCUGUCCCCCAUCACAGACUUCAAGCUCUACGCAUCCGCCUUUUCCGAGCGGUACCUGGGUCUCCACGGCCUGGACAACCGCGCCUACGAGAUGACUAAGGUGUCCCAUCGCGUCUCUGCUCUGGGAGAGCAGCAGUUCCUGAUCAUCCACGCCACUGCCGACGAGAAAAUCCACUUCCAGCACACGGCAGAGCUGAUCACGCAGCUGAUCAGAGGAAAGGCCAACUACAGCUUACAGAUCUACCCCGACGAAAGCCAUUACCUGCACGGCAGCCCGCUGCGGCAGCACCUGUUCCGGGCGCUCAUCGGCUUCUUCGUGGAGUGCUUCCGGGUCCAGGACAGGCUCCCCGCGGCGGCGGCCAGAGAGGACGAGGAGGAGGACUGAGUCCCGGACGGC